CUGUCAAAAUCUGACAUGAAUGAAAAAAAUAAAACUAAGAAAUACGCAUAAACGCAUAUACGCGGGCAUUUUCACGCAAGUUUAAAAUACAAUAUAUGAUGAAGAGUGUUUGAAUUUUCCAUAAAAAAAUGUUUAUUUUGUGAUAAUUCGAAUUAUGGGCGUAAAGGAUUUAUGGUCAGUUUUCACACCUCACGCAAGCCGUAAACCAAUUUCGGAGCUGCGCGGGAAAACUGUGGCAAUUGACUUAGCUGGUUGGGUAUGUGAAAGUCUUAAUGUUGUGGACUAUUUUGUGCAUCCGCGCCAUCAUUUAAAAAAUUUAUUUUUUCGCACUUGCUAUCUAAUUUGGGAGGAUGUUACACCGGUAUUUGUGUUAGAAGGUACAGCACCGAAACUCAAGAGUCAAGUAAUUGAAAAACGCAAUGAAAUACAAUUUAGAGGAGUAAGACCUAAAGACAAAGAUAAUCUUAGUCAAAAAACAGAUUCAACACAGUCAACAAACUCCCAAAAGGACAAGGGACGCACACGGUUUAAUCACGUUUUGAAACAAUGCGAAUCCUUAUUGAAUGCUAUGGGAGUUCAGUGUGUUCAAGGUCCGGGAGAAGCAGAAGCGUAUUGUGCUUUUUUAAAUAAAGUGGGAUUAGUAGAUGGUGUUAUAAGUCAAGAUUCUGAUUGUUUUGCUUAUGGCGCUAUUCGUGUAUUCAGAAAUUUUUCUGUUUCCACACAAGGUGCUCAAGCAGCACAAGGAGGUGCUGUUGAUAUAUACGAUAUACAUGAAAUUGGCAAACAACUUGAUUUUGGUCAGCACAAGGUUAUUGCAAUGGCGCUACUUUGCGGUUGCGACUAUUGUCCUGAUGGCAUUGGUGGCAUAGGACGUGAUGGUGUAUUAAAACUUUUUAAUAAAUAUAAGGAAACAGAAAUACUAGAAAGGUUACGUUGUUGGCGUCGCGAUAAUAGUAAAUAUACUGCGCUGGAAAUGCGCGUAGAUGAUAAGAGCAUAUGCGUCAAUUGUGGUCACAUGGGUCGCACACAAAGUCACACGAAGAAUGGGUGUGGUGUGUGCCGAACAAAACGUGGCUGUGAUGAAAGCUUGUGGAAAGAAGAACGUUUAUCAAUUAAAGCGGAGCUAGCGAUGAGAAAAAAAGCUUUAAACGAUGCUGAUUUUCCAAACGAGGAAAUCAUAAAUGAAUUCUUGUCAGAACCGAAUGAAAUACCAACACUUAAUUUGUCUUGGAAGCAGCCAAAUAUUGUAAAAUUUAUUAAAAAAAUUGGUCAUUUGUUACAGUGGCCAGAAAUUUAUUGUUUUCAAAAGUUUUUCCCAAUAUUAACGCGCUGGCAGGUACAAAAUGCGAAUCGGCUGCGGGGAACAGACGCAAUUAAUUAUGUUGAACUCAAGGAAAUUGUAAAAAAACGUAUGGUUAAAGGAGUACCAAGCUUAGAAGUAAUUUGGACAGAUGCUCGAAAUAUUUUUACAGGACUAAUACCGAAUGAUCAGUUAGAAGAGUUUGUUAAAGAUCAUUCUAAAGGUAUUGACGAAUUGUGGACUACGAUAGAACCUUUAAGUAUGUUGAAUAUUGCAUAUGUGAAAAUGGUUGAAGCAUUUAACAAAUCUAAAGAAAAACCAGCAAAAGUGCCCAAAAAAGUUAAAAGAGUAAAGCAAAUAGCAACUGCAGAAAAUCCUUUAGGUUCACUAGAAAACUUACAGGAUUUAGUUAAUGCUACAAAUGAUAUUGCAAUGAAAAUCAAACCUAAAAAGGCACCACAACCAAAAGGACUACAAUUAAUAAAUAAGUUCUUUAAAAAGCUAGAUACUUCGAUAAAAUGCACUCCUAUAAAGUGUCAUAAUAAUAAUGCACUAAAAUGUUCAACACCACUUAAUAAACUACUACCCUCUGAUUUGGACAGUGAUUCUGAUAACGAAGUCUUCGAUAUGUCGGAUAUAGUAAAUGGUAUUGUACACAAAAAUAUUCAACAGGAUAUCAAAACCCACGGUGGACGUUGUUUAUUUUAUGAACCAAUUACAAAAAAUAUUAGCUUAGUUUUGAAAGAACAAAGUUUAGAUAUCGAUGAUUUAGACAUAUUAGUUCAUAAACGUCGCAUAACCAUUUCAAAUACUCUACAGAAAAAUACAAAAAUGCCAAAAUUGCAGACUAUGGACGAUAGCUUCGAUAUUUUAGUAAAUAAAGGAACCAAUAAACUAAAGAAUUUAAUAGCAUUAAAUGAUAAUUUUGAUAACAUCUCAAUGGAAAAUUGUUCCAAAUUCAACAACACAGACACAAUAAAUAAAAUGAAGCCAUUAGAUAUUGAUAUUAUGGAAAACGAAAACAGAGAAAACAAUAGAUCUUAUUUCUUUGAUUGUCAACAAUCACUUGAUAUGGAUGAAUUUGAAAAAGUAAUGGAUCACAGUUAUGUCAACACAGCUGAAGAAAAUUGCAUAGAAAUUAGCGAUUAGAUAAAAAAAUAUUGUGUUCAUUUUUGGUUUCAAA